CAACUGGAGAUUCAUCAAUUAUCUAGUUUGUGACAUAUUGUAUAGAUAAGCUCAAAGUAUUAGCGAAGAUUUGAAUAUAAGAUUAUCUGAUAUCAAUAUCGUAGAAGAAUCAACAUUUCCGGAAAUCAACAUUUUCGAACACAAUGAUAUAAUGCAUCAAAUCACAGCUCGACAUGGAAUUACUAGCUCUUCCAACAAUUUAUAAUCAAUAUUUUGUAAUAAAAUAUCUUGUAACAAAUCAGAUACGAAUAAUUGUUUUUUGAAAAAUUUUUGAAAAAAUUAGAUUGCACACUGUGAAGUUAUCACAUGCAGUUUAUAAUCGUCUAUAGAGCAUGAAGUACGUUUUAAAAAAGGGAAAAAUGGCGGAUAACGAUGUAAAUGGUGACUCCGAUGAAGUACAACAGGAGAAAUCACAGAAAAAAGCAGCAAAAUAUGAUAGCGGAGCGGCAGAUCUCGAAAAAGUCACAGAUUAUGCGGAGGAAAAGGAAAUAUCCUCAUCGGAUGGAUUCUCUUGCGCGUUAAGUAUAAUCGGAGAUCGACGGAAUAAAGAAGCUGCAGAGAAGAAGGCGAGAGAAAAGGAAUUGCUAAAAGUUCCUAUUAAAAAGGAAGACGUAGAUCUUAUUAUGAAAGAAAUGGAAAUAAAUCGAAACGUAGCAGAACAAACGCUCAGGGAACAUAGUGGAAACAUUGUGGAGGCAUUAAUUACAUUAACAAAUUAACUGUACAGCAUCAAUUUCAAACAAACACUAACAUAAGAAUCAACUUUAUUGUAAAUUAUAUGGACUUGGGGACUAUUAUCACUUUGGGUUAUUAAUAAUUUAUUCGUGUAUAUUGCAAAAUAUA